AGUUUCUCACACUCUGACAUAUGGGCAUCAUUAAAUGGAAAAUACCUCAAACUUGAGCUAGAAUUUGCAGAUCUACAUAAAGGCUCUACUGGAACUGCAGGCAAAGCAUUAGGUCACUGUUAAGUGUAAUCUAAUAGUUUGCUGUUAACAUAAAAUGGGUUUGCAAGGGACUGGCUUUCUCCUUCAGUGUUACCUGAUGCUGGCUGCAGCCAUGUUUUUUCAUCUUGGAGAGCAGGAGGAGAAAUGCAUCAUUGAGGAGAUUCCUGAAGACACACUAGUGACCGGGUUUUUUCUUUUGGAGCCUUGGGAUAUGAACGCGUUAUCAAAAUUACCUCAACUUGGCCUCACUGUGACAGUAAAAGAUUCAAACAGUGAGAUUGUAUUGUCCAAGCGCUAUGGGAAAUUUGGUAAAUUCACCUUCACAGCUCACACCUCUGGUCAGCAUCUUCUUUGCUUUAAAACAAACUCGACAAGUUUUUCUGUCUUUGCCCGUGAACGUCUGAAGCUACAUUUGGAUGUACAAAUGGGAGAGUUCACAGUUGGCCACAAUACUGAUAGGACCAAGGACAGCAUGGAGGCCCUGGAGAACAGUCUUAGACACCUGACGGAGCAGAUGAUUCACAUUACCAGGCAGCAGGAGUUCCAGAGGGAGAAGGAGGAGGUAUUUCGUCAGAUCAGUGAGAACACCAACAGCAAAGUGUUGUGGUGGGCUACAGUGCAGACCUCCAUUCUGCUGGUGGUUGGUUUCUGGCAGAUGAAAAGACUCAAAGACUUCUUCAUCGAGAAGAAACUGGUCUGAUGAAGAGCUUUGACCAGCCUCAUUGUUUUUACUUUUAUUUCACAUACCUGUACCAGUGAAGUUUGAGUGCUCUAGGGCUGUAACGCUUUAUAAAAAGGCCAGUUUUUACCAAACAGCUGGUGCGAUGCUCGAGAGUAUGGUGUUUAAGACUAUUGUAUAUACAGUUGUGGUGAGAAGUACAUACAUCCAUCAUGGGCAUGAAGUUGUGGUAAUCUGGAGUUUUAAUGAUUUCUUUGAACUAUUGGUUGGAAUGAAUGUACAGCACACAUUUUUAAUGAUUAUAAUCAAAAAUUGGGUCUAUUUGGGAUUUUCUUUAAUACAGUCAGGGUCACAAAUAUACAUGUUGGAUCAAAUAUAUAUAAUAUUGACUGCUUUCUUGGCAAAGAUUAAACUUUUAGGCAUAGUUCACAAAUUUUCAAUAAUGUUGUGGUCAGGGCUUUGGGAAGGCCAUUCGAGAGACCUAAUAUUAGCCUGCUUUAUCAAUUCCAAAACCAGUUUUAAUGUGUUUGGGAUCAGUGUCCUGUUCUAACACCCAACUGUGUCCAAAUUUCAGCCAUCUAGUUGCUGAUUUGAGGUGAAGCUGAAGAAUUUGGAGGUAGUCCUUCUUUAUUAUUUCAUCCACUUUGUGCAGGGGUGGGCAACUCCAGGACUCAACGGCUGGUGUCCUGCAGGUUUUAGAUAUCACCCUGGGUCAACACACCUGAAUCAAAUGAUUUUCAUUACCAGUUUUCAUUUCAGUUCAUUACCAGGCCUCUGGAUAACUUUAAGACAUGUUGAAGAGGUAAUUUAGCCAUUUAAAUCAGCUGGGUUGGAUCAAGGGCAAAUCGAGUUGGAGUUGCCCACCCUUGACUUUGUGCAAUGUACCAGUACCACUGACAGCAAAACAGACCCAGAACAUGAUGCUACCACCAUCAUGCUUGUUAGCUGGUAGUGUUCUUAGGUUUGAAAGCUUCAUCCAUACUCAUCUGAAUAUAUCUAUUGUCAUUAUUGGCCACAUCUGACUAUGAAACAUUUCACCAGAAGGCAUGUCCAUGUGGGUAGCUGCAACUUUAAGUCAAAAUUAAAGUUUAUAUUCAGGGCUUCUUUCCUGGUUGGCAUUCUCUCAAUGCAUGGCGAUGUAAAACCCGCUUCACUGUUUACAGUGACACUAGUCUUCCAGCAGUUUCCAGUUCGUGGCAGGCUUGAUCCUCAUUCCCCCAGUUGUUCCUGAACAACCUAACCAAUUUCCUUUCAUGACAUAUUGUGUCUUCUGUCAGAGUGAAAAAGUGGUGAAACACCCAAAUAACAUGUGUGCAAUUGUUUGUACUGAUGAUCUUGGAAACUACAGUUGUUUAGAACUCAUUUCCAAAGAUCUUCCCAACUUGCGUAAAUCUACAAUUCUCCUGUUUAAAUCUGAGUUCCUUGGACUUUCUCAUUGCUCUGAGUAUUGGUCAAUCUAAUCAGUGGUGUCAAUCAAAUCUUUUUUAUGCUAAAAAGAGAAACUAGCAGCUGUAGUUAAUCAUGAUCACAAAAGUUAACUGACCUUGGUUUUGUCAAGUUAAAAUACAGCAUAAAACAUUUAGCACCGCUUAUUAAAGGACUUAAGUGAAUGUGGACAUAUAUUUGAGCCUUCAUGUUUCCUUUUGAUGCCGUGGAUUACAGAAAAUCCUAAAUAAAUAAAUAAAACCAAGAUUUGGGUGCACAGAGCUAGAAAAUAUAUAAAGAUGUGUGCUUUUCACUCUGGAAAAAGAACAGUUCAAAGAAAUUAUUAAAAGUCCAAAGUUACCAUGAUAUUCAUGAUUGCAUGUAAACUUCUGCGCACAACUGUAUCAUUUGCAAAUUAAAAUAUGAAAAAAUUGUGUAAAAACUUGGAACGGUGCUUGCAAAAUUAUGUUUUUUGUUGAAUAAAAUAUUGUUUGAGGCAUUA